GGUUACAUGAAACCACAGAAGCGUCGAACAUCUACGAUGUCAAUGAACUACGCAUGGACCUACAUACAACCCUUGGCACUGCUAAAUGGCAGUUGGAGGAGUUUGCACGGGCAGUCAACUCGAGCUAUGUUGAGAGCUCUAGCUCGGCCGAAGAUGGGAGAAUCAAACACCACCAAUAUAUUGUUGCUAUUGAGUUUCUGAUUUCUACGGUUGAGAAUUCAUUGAAGGAGUCAGUCGUCGCGAAAGGCAAGUCGACGUUGCCUUGGGUUCGUUUGGAUGAAGGUGAACGGGAUGAGCUCGCCUUGUUUCUCUCAGGACCUUUGGUAGACAUGGCCACUCCCUCUGCUACGAUUCUUGCUAGGGGGAAUUUGCAGGGAGCGCGUGGAGAAACAGUGUCAAGUUGUUCGAAGAAUUCUGCGCAUUCAGCCGAGUGGGGUUCACAAGAGAAUAAGGAGGAGAGAUUUCACGGACAUCAGAGGACUGCAAGUGCCAGUGCUGAAAUUGAUACCUAGAAAAUUACAGUUGCUGAAGAGAAUUCCCAAAGGAGUUCUUCUGAUGUCAUGUAUGAUCUUCCUCCUCCUAGGAGAUUCAGUUUUUCAGGGCUGCUCGAAGCCAUGGAGCCCAUUCCCAAGCUGAAUUAGUC